ACGGAAUUGAACGAAGUAGUGGGAAGUAAUUGCAAGAAUAUUCUGUCUCGUUUGUAACACUUUUUAACUUGAAAAUUAAAUCUCAGCAAUUUAUUUUUACAUCAACUAUGUUUGUAAUAGCCGUGAUCGAAUUUUAACGAAAGAACCAUGUGCGAUAAUGUGAACAACAAUCCAUUCGCUGGAUUGUUUUCAACCAUCAACGAUGCCAUGUCAUUCUCGUCUCAAAAUCAGACGGUUAUCGACGAAAAUAAUGCAACCAAUUAUGUUACGGAGCCUGAGAAUAUAAACGUUCACGAUACGACGGAGCCCACAGAUUUAAAAAAUUCCAAAGAUUCUAAAAUCAAUAGUCAGAUUAAUCAGCUACUUGGUGACAUAUUUGGGAUAACAUUAUACGCAACAGAAUCGAACGAUCAUCAAAAGCAGAGAUUGAUAUUUGUUGACGUCGAUACGAUCGAGCAAGCAGUUUUCGAGCGAUUAAUGCUUCCCGAUCUUGAGUCUAAAUUGGUCCCUGUGGAAGGUUGUCAGGAAAUGCCCUGUGAUUCUCAUACAUUGGACGAACAAGCAAUAUCUUAUUUAUUUGAAAGCUAUUGCAGAUUGCAACGAUACAACAAUAAAUUAGAAUUAUCUGAUACCUUCUGUCAAAUACAUCAGGUUAUUUUACAAAAUGCAGGUGUUGCAUUACAAGAGCCAUACCUGUUUGAAGGACAAGAGGUUCACAAGCAAUUUAUCGCAUUAUGUAUGGACGUAGCUGGUUUGAAACCAGAACUUAUAUCAUUUACCAAUGGUAUUGUAACUGAAUUGCAAGUAGAAAACAGUGAAAAUGCUGCCCAUAUAAUUGGUGCAUCAUUUAGUCCUAUUCUUAAUAUAAUUUACAAAGAAGUAGCUCAGAGUAAUUUUAUCUUGUACCAUAAAUACUGGUUUACUAUAUUACAGCUCUUUUCUUUGAAUGAAUCUCUAGCCAAAUUAAUAAUUAAUCAUAAUGCUCCUGAAGAUAAUCAAGGUCGUGCUUAUGAAAAUACAUUAUUAGGUGCACUCUUUAGUUUAAGUUGUUUACCAAAAACAGUAGAAGAACAAUUCAAUUUUUUUGAAACGCCAUUCCACGAGUCUAAUUCUACUAUCGAAGAUAACAUUUGGACAGGCCUAGAUGUAUUAAGCGAAUCUUUGCAAAAGAUUUUCCAUUUGUUGUUAAAAUGUUCGGCGGAAGUUCGUCAUUUAACAUUACAAUGGAUAGGGAAUUGUCUUCAUUCAAAUUCGGGUAGGGGGAAAAUUUGGAAUUUACAGACCGACGUGAGUUUUAACACCGUGUGCGUCUCUGAUGGUUUUAUGUUAAAUCUGGGAAAUGUGUUAUUACGUCUUUGUCAGCCAUUUUGCAUUAAACUAAACGAAUCGAAAGUGCCUAAAAUAGAUCCAACAUAUUGUGCUGCAGAGACAAAUAAUGAGAAUGAAUGUUUAAACCAUACUAUACAUUUAAAAGGAAUGUCUUCUGAAACUUGUUUAAUACCAGUAUCAGAAGACGACACGAGACCAGUAGCAAAGACAUUCGGAUUUACUACAGAAUGUUUUUUUUUAACUCAUAGAGCUUUAGACCUUGGCUACAGAGUAGUAUUAGAUAAGUUCUUAAGAACAAGUCAUGAUUUGGUGAGAAUACAAAGAGUAUUUCAGGAUGCACAAACUGGCGGUAGUUCAGAAGUAUCAGAAUUAAUAUCCCAGCGCAUGAACGAAGAAAUGACUAAGUAUCUGUCUUUAAAAGCAAGUCUUUUAGCGCCAGAGAUGUUAAAACUCCUGGUAAAAUUCCAUGCAACAACAGCAUUCUGGUUAGUGCAAGUUUAUCUAAAUGAUGUACAAGCUGAUGAUAGCAAACAGAGCAAUUAUGCUCCAAAGGAAUAUAAAACGGUAACAUUUCCUUUGCCAGAAACUGUUCCAGAUACUCUGAGAUGCAUUCCCGAAUUCGUGGUAGAAAAUACCAUUAGAUUUUUGUGUUUUUUGCGCCGUUUUAACCCAAAUGUUUUUGAAGAACAAGGCUCAUUUUUUUUGUCCCCGGUGUUAACGGAGAUUAUAGUGUUAAUGGAGUCUCAACAACAAUUAUACAAUCCUCAUUUACGAGCCCGUCUGGCAGAGGGUUUAGAAGCUCUUUUACCUACAAUGGACGAAACCACGAGCCCUUCAACAUCCAAUUUGGGAACAUUCCAUAGAGAACAAUUAUUUAUGACACACCCAUAUAGACAGCAUAUCGUUGCCAACUUACUUAAAGUAUUUGUAAGCAUUGAAAUGACUGGACAAAGCGUACAAUUUGAACAGAAGUUUAAUUAUCGACGACCAAUGUACGUUGUUAUGGAGUAUUUAUGGAAACUCCAAGAACAUCGUAAUAACUUCAUUGCUUUAGCCGAAGAAGCAGAGGCUAAUAUGGACGCGGCUCAACCACCAUUAUUUUUGCGUUUUAUUAAUCUUUUAACGAACGAUGCAAUUUUUCUGUUAGAAGAAGCACUUUCACACAUGGCACAGUUGAGACAAUUGCUUCAUGCAAGGGAAAGUGGCGAAUGGAACAAAUUACCACAACACGAACGCGAUCAACAGGCUCACUAUUUUCUACAUCUUGGCAUGACUGCACGAUUUGACAACAUAUUAGGUAGAAAAACAAUACAGACGUUAAAAAUGUUAACGACAGAGAUCAAAUCUAUUUUUUGUCAUCCAACGAUGGUAGAUCGCAUUGCUUUUAUGCUUAAUUAUUUACUACUUCAGUUGGUUGGACCAAACAAGAAGAACCUUAAGGUGAACGAUCAGAAAGAAUAUGCAUUCAAUCCAGCUAAUUUAGUAUUAAAUAUAUGCGAAAUUUAUAUAAAUCUUAGUCACAGUGAAUCUUUUACGCUCGCCGUUUCUCAAGACGGUCGGUCAUACAGUCCUGAACUUUUUAAAUUGGCCGAUAAUGUUCUCGUUCGCAUUGGAGGUGUGGGUAUAUUAGGCGAUUUGGAUCAAUUUGCAAAAAAGGUAACAUCGGCUGCAACUAACAAGAGAGAGGAGGAUGAAAUUUUGGUCAAUGCUCCCGAAGAAUUCCUGGAUCCUAUUAUGUCUACACUGAUGAUGGAUCCUGUUAUUCUUCCAUCUUCGAAAAUAACUAUUGAUCGUCAAACUAUUUCGAGGCAUUUACUAAGCGAUCAAACCGAUCCAUUCAAUCGAUCUCCCCUCACUCUGGAUAUGGUAAAAUCUGAUGUCGAACUUCAACAUCGAAUACGAGAAUGGGUGCAACAACAAAAGCAAGAAUUGAAACGAAGUUCUUAGUGAUUAUUCAAGAAUAAAACUCAGCCGGUGAUCGAUCGUAUGCAUAGCAUAUUUGUCAAGUUUCGCAGUUGUGAAGGAAUGGAUAAAUACAGUAAAUCCAUAAGGUUUCAGGAUAACAAAGACAGCAAAACGUGAUCUAUGGCAAACCCACCAUGUGUCUAUGUCUUUCAGUUUAAAUUUUGUUAUUUUAUAAUAUACAAGGGCAUAUAUUUUUGUAUACAAAUUCUCAUUAUAGAUAUGUACAAAUAUCAAUUUUGUCCUGUAAUUGAUGUCUUUUUGUAGAACGUUCGAUAUUGCAUGUUGUGCAAAAAAUCGUGUUCUAUAAUAAUCUAUGUAACAAUGUAAACAUAGAGCUAAACGUUUGUUAUUUUAUGAUGAAUGUAAAAAUUGCACAUUACAAAGUUUCUUAUAUUUAAUUUUGACCGAGGUAGGUGUUAU